AUGGCGGUGUAUGUGAGCCGCAGGAGGAAGGUGGAGGAAGAGCUGAAUGUUGAUGUGGUUCCUGUUUUUGUCAGAAUGGUGAAGUCCAGACUGCUAGUAGAGUUUAGUGUUUACAGAGCUGCUCAUGACCUGGAGAGUUUCCAGCUGAUUUGGGGUUAUGGGGGUGCUCUGCUCUUCUCUGCACUGAGGAUUGUGCUGGUUGGGAAAAGUGAAGAGAAAAAGACAAAACUUUGUAACAUCAUCAAUGGAGAUCAAGGUUUUCAUUUCCAAAACCAAAUACCAUUCAAACACUGUGUUGCCACCUGUGGAGAGUGGAGAGGAAAAUCAGUAACUGUGGUAAAAACUCCAGACAUCUUCAGUCAGUCUGAGCAGACGGUGAGAGAAGAAGUGAUGAGGUGCAUGAAUCUUUUCCUCCCUGGACCAAAUGUUCUGCUGCUGUUGGUGAGGCCCUCUAAGUUCAGUGAAAAUGACAAACAAACACUGAAGUCUGUUUUUUUGAGUUGGUUUGGUCGAGAUGCUUUUAAACACUCCAUGGUCAUCAUCACACACAAGAAGAAUAACAGAAGUUCCACUUUGAAACAGCUGCUCAAAGACUGUGGAGGAAGACAAUUCAACAUGGUUGAAGAUCAUCAUAAACAGUUAAUGGAGAAGAUUGAGAACAUUGUUCAUCGAAACAAAGGAACCUUCCUCGCCUUCACUGAAGAGACAAUGAGACCAGUUUUAAAGCUGGUUCUGUGUGGGAGGAGAGGAGCAGUGAAGACUUCAGCAGUCAAGGCCAUUUUAGGUCAGACAGAGCUUCAUUCAGUCUCCAACUCACCAGAGUGUGUUAAACAUCAGGGAGAGGUGUGUGGACGUUGGGUUUCCCUGGUGGAGCUGCCUGCCUUGUAUGGAAAACCUCAGGAGGCAGUAAAGAAGGAAUCAUUCAGGUGUAUCUCCCUCUGUGAUCCUGAGGGCGUCCAUGCCUUCAUCCUGGUCCUACCUGUGGAUCCCCUCACUGAUGAAGACAAGGGAGAGUUAGAGACCAUCCACAACACAUUCAGCUCUCGAGUCAAUGACUUCACCAUGAUUCUGUUCACUGUGGAGUCAGAUCCUACAGCUCCAACUGUUGAUGACUUUGUAGGAAAGAACAGAGACAUCCAGGAGCUCAUUCAGAGAUGUGGAGGAGGACAUGUCGUUCUCAACAUCAAGAACAAGCAGCAGAUCUCUGAGAUGUUGGAUACUGUGGAGAAGAUGAGACUCAACAAGGAUCAACCAUGCUGCUAUACAACAGAAACAUUUGCACGUGGCAAAAUGGAUCAGAUUGUACAACAACAGGAAACCAUCAGAAAACUACAGACUGAGCUUGAGAAUCUGAAAACAAAGAUCACAGAUGCUGGUGAUGAUGAGAAUCAGAGCUCAGAGAGUCUCAGGAUUGUGCUGAUUGGGAAGACUGGCUGUGGAAAGAGCUCUUCAGGAAACACCAUUCUGGGAAGAAAAGAGUUUACAGCCAAAUCAAGUCAAACAUCAGUCACCAAAUGGUGUAAAAAAGCACAGAGUGAAGUAGACGGUCGUCCUGUCGUUGUGGUCGACACUCCUGGUCUGUUUGACUCCACUUUGUCACAUGAAGAGGUUAAUGAGGAGAUGGUGAAAUGCAUCAGUCAUCUGGCUCCAGGACCACAUGUCUUCCUGUUGGUGGUACAGAUUGGCAGAUUCACACCAGAAGAGAAGGAGACAUUAAAACUCAUCAAGGAAGGUUUUGGGAAGAAUUCAGAAAAAUUCACCAUCAUUCUUUUAACUAGAGGAGAUUCACUGCAGCGCGAGAAGAAGUCCAUUGAAGAAUACAUUAAAGAUGAAUGUGAUGAUUCCUUUAAGAAGCUGAUUGAUGACUGUGGAGGAAGAUACCAUGUGUUUAAUAACUGUGAUGAAGAAAACCGCACACAAGUCAGUGAGCUGAUAAACAAGAUUGACUCCAUGGUGAAGGAAAAUGGCGGCAGCUGCUACACCAAUGAGAUGCUGCAAGAGGCCGAGACAGCAAUAAAGAAGGAAGUGGAGAAGAUCCUGAAGGAGAAGGAAGAAGAGAUGAAGAGAGAGAGGGAGGAGUUUGAAAGAAAACAUGAGGAAGAAAAGGAAGCAAUGAAAAGUCGGAUAGAAAAACAGAGAGCAGAAAUUGAUCAGGAGAGAGAACUGAGAGACAAACAACUUCAGGAGAAGGAGGAAAAGAUUCAGAAAGAACGUGAAGAGAGAAAGAAAGAACAGGAAAAGAGAGAAGAAGAAGACAAGAAGAAGAGAGAACAAGAAGAAAUUCAGCGACAGGAGUGGGAGCAAAAACGUAAAGAUCUGGAGGAAAAAAUAAAAUCAGAAUCAAAAGAAAAAGAAACCAUUGAUAAAAAGCUGGAGAAGAGUAGAGAAGAGAUGAAAAAAGAACGAGAGGCCUGGGAGAAGGAACGAAAAGAAAUGUGGGAGAAACGAUAUCGAGAAGAUGAAGAGAAACGACAGGAAGAACAAACAAGACUUAAAAAGCUCCAAGAAGAAUAUGAUCAGGAAAGAGAAAAAUAUGAAAAGAAAAGAAAAGAAGAUGAUCGAAUCAGAAAAGAACAGGAGGAACAAGAGAGAAAAGAAUUAGAAGAAAAUUAUAAGAAAAAACUGGAGAACAUGAAGACAAAGUGUGAAGAGGAGGCCAGAAAACAAGCUGAAGAGUUCAAUGAAUUCAGAGAGAAAAACACGAAGAACUUUGAAGCUCUGAAGCAAGAACAUGCGAAAGAAAUUGAACAAACACAGGAGAAACACAGCAAAGAGAUCAAUCUGUUACGUCAUAAAGAAGAGGAACUAAAAGAAGAACUGAAGGACAAAGAGAAAGGAUUAAAAGAUGAAAUGGAG